AUGGCUUCUCGUUAUGUGGCACGAUUUGUAAAUCAAAAUCCUAGAAAUUUAGAACUUAUGGGUAUUCAAUAUAGACCAUCUGGAAAUUGUUUUGAAAAAAAUCGUAAAAAAAUGAAUGCUAUAUAUAAAACAGUAUUUAAUGGUGGUAAAUCACAUACAGAAGCUUCAGUAUACCACUACAAAACAGGACUUGUUUUAUCUGUUUCAACAAGAGAAAGUGGUAUAUCAAAUCAACUACCCAGUACUACUGAUCGUUUUGCAGCUUUUAAUAUUGGAAAAGUUUUAGCUGAUAGAUUAAAACAAUGUGGAAUUGAAAUGGUUGUACCUUGUUUUGAAGAAGGCGAAAUAGAAAGAAGUCAUAAGAAACAAUUUUUUGUUAAUGCUUUAUUAGAAAAUGGUAUUAAAUUAAUGGAUUAUAGUGAAGUUGAACCUUCUAUUAAAAAUAAUGAUAUAACUUGGAGUUAUUAUAAACGAUAUCAUACAAGACAGGAAAAAAUUGAUGAACAAUUUUAA